UGGGAUUUGACGGCAGGCGGCCAGACAGGAACGGCAGGCGGCCGCCUGCUGGACCGCCUGCGGCGGCCGGGAUCCGCCGGGAUCCGCCGCGAUCCGAUUUGACAAUGAAAAGACGGCAGGCGGCCGAUGUGUGACGGAAGGCGGCCGCCCUCUGUGGCCGCCUACGGCUGACGGGGACCGGCCACCGACCGCUGUCGGCGACGAAGACGGCAGGCGGCCGGAGAGAGGCGGAAGGCGGCCGCCUGGUUGGCCGCCUUCGGGAAAAUUUCUCCUAUAAAUAGCCCGAUUUUUCCUCAACUCAAACACACCUCUUCCAACCCUAAAUCAGUUCAAAACACCUUCUUUCUUCCUCCAUUUUCGAGCUCCAAAGGUCUUAGAGAGAGAGAAACUUCAAAUCUUCAUAUCUUCUUCAUUUUAGCUCCAAAUUAUGUCUGGAGGAAGACGUGACGAUCCCAUUUUCGAGGAGCCACCACUAUGACGGGAAGACCCGCCACCUCAGCCUGAUAUCCCAUUUGCUACUAUUGCUGAUCGCAGACGCUUCCAGGCAUGGGGGCAAUACCGCACACUCCUUCCUCCCAUGAUCCUGGACCCGACGAUGCUAGAGGAAUGGGGGUACUGGGAUGAGAUUGAUUCCCUGCUAGGAGACUCUUUAUGGCGGAGGAUUCUAUUCGUUCAGGAGAGGGCCAGCCUUCCAUUGACGAUGGAGUUUCUGUGCUCCGUUCAGUUCACUCAUUACGGACAGGCUGUGCAGGAGGGUGCUGUUAUUGGGUCAGAGUCUCGGAUGAGGUUUACUAUUCUAGGCAUGGAGCACUCCAUCACUGUGGCUGAGCUCGGAUGGAGGAUGGGGCUCUAUACCCCAGCAUACACACAGACUGAGGAGUUCCGUGCUCUUCCGACCCGCUUACCCGAGGCAUUUGACAUUGAUGAGUUCUGGCACAGACACUCCACAGACACCAGAUCAUUUCUCCGGAUGCACCCCCAUUCGAACAAAUGGAGGGAGACUCACUGGUACAUACUCUCAUUCGUACUUUCUUGUGGUUUUUUUGGACGACCUAACAACACAAACAGGUUGUCCAAAAAGGACAUACUAUUCUUUUGGAGUUUGAUUCACCGCAUCCCGGUGAAUAUGGCUGUCCUUAUGGCUCGUUUCUUCCGGAGCCAGGGGAAGACUGUGCGGCGCACUAUCCAGGCAGGGCCUUUCAUCACUACUCUCGUUAGAUCAUUCUACCCAGAUCUAGACAUUCCGGGGCUACUGCACUUACAGGAUAGCAUCCGCGUUCUUCGAUCCUCAUCCUUUACCAACAUGAGGAUCAAGAAGAAGCGGAAUACUCAAGAGCUCCCAGGUAUUGAGCAGCCGACCCAGCAGGGUAGUUCUUCUCGACCCUCAGGACAUGAGGGAUCUAGCGAGCCCUUUUCAGACAUGCCUAGCGCCGCAGAUUGGAGAGCGAUGAUGGAGGGGAUGCGGAGUCUCCAGACUUCAGUUGUUGAGAUACGAGAUGCACAGGAGAGAGGAUUCCAGGAGAUGCGAGAUGCGCAUGCGACGGCCCUAGGAGAGUUCUGAGACUUUCGAUUAGCUCAGGAGAGAGCCACCCGGGAUAUGCAGGAGGAGUUAGAGACCCAGAGGCUAGAUAUUGAUGAGAUGAGAGACUGGCUUAGGCCACACUAUGGCCCUCGGGAUUACGCAGGCGAUGCUUAGUUUUGCUUCUUCCUUGACAUUUUUUUUUUUGUGUUUGUUUGUUUCUUCAGGUUGGACAUUGCGCUGCUCUUUUGACUUGAAUGCUC